AUGACACCUCCCACCCUCGCGAUCAUUGGUGCUGGUGCGAUGGGUGCUGCCAUGGCUCGUCGUAUGACUGCUUUGGGCUGCACCGUCUUGACCGACCUCACUGGCCGUUCUUCCCGCACGAUGGACCGAGCUCAGGCUGCGGGGAUGGUGGAUCGCCCUCUUCCGGACAUACUAAGCCAGAAAGAUGUCCGAUGGGUGAUGAGCGUUCUCCCUCCAGGCGAGGCCGAGCGUUUUGCGAUAACUCUCAAGGAUACCUACUCGAGGAUCAAGGGCAGCGCCAGGGCAGAGGACCAGUUGCGAGGGCCAAGCCUGGUGUUCGCGGACUGUAAUGCCGUGAAUCCUGAAACCGCAAAGCGUAUCGCCGCCCUGUUCCGAGGAACAACCGUCGGCUUCGUCGACGCAGGCAUCAUCGGCGGACCACCAGCACCUGAUGGAUCUUACAAUCCCACUAUCUAUGCCUCAGCCGACCCGGACGGCCUGUCUAACGGCAAAGAGCAAGAAGACAGUCAAUUGCUAGACGAGUUUGAAACGCUGGGUAAUGAAUGGGGGCUCAAGGUGGUGGGCUUGAGGGGUAGUGACGUGCGUGCUGGCGAUGCGAGUGCUCUUAAGAUGAGCUACGCAGGGAUAACUAAAGGCCUUACUGGCCUGUUAACGACUAUGAUACUGGCUGCGAACGCAUCCUCUCCUUCGACAGCGACUGCGCUUAUGCAUGAAUUGCAUCAAAGUCAGCCAUUACUGCUGAAACGUGCCGUGAGUGGAAUACCAAGCAUGCUGCCCAAGGCAUACAGAUGGAUCGCUGAAAUGGACGAGAUCUCCGACUUCGUAGCGCACGGUCUGACACCUCCACAGGGCGAAGCCGAGAGUGGAGAAGGACGCGUGCAUGACGGUUUAGCCCGCCUUUACGAGCGCAUUGACCGUUCACUGGGCGACGUGGAUGGCACAGUCGAAGUUCGGACCCUCCGAGAUUUUGUUGAUAGGGCACGGAAACUACUGGAGAACGAUGCGCGGUAG